AUGAGCUGCAGCGCCCAGCUGUCAGAAUCUAUUUUCAUCAGUCUGAUCCUUGGAGUUCAUGUUGAGGAUGAGAAGGGACGCAUGAUUCUACCUUCUUCUAAAGAGCUUCCACGCAUGACACAGCUGCCUGAUCGAAUCGUCAAUCUCGGCAACGAGUCGGCAAAGUUUUCUCGCUCCGUUGCUUUUCCAUCCCAGCACGAGCUCUACAUGACCAAUGUACCGUCGGUUUGCUUUUUCUCUUGUUUGGAGCGCCAUCGAUCCGUACUAUGUUGUCAGGUAGAGGGGUGCAAAGUAAAUAGUCACCUUCUCAUCCACCCAAUGCACGCCCUGCCUAUCGAGGCGGAUGCCUUCUGCCGGGCUAGGUGGCAAGAUCGGACGGGAAUGAGUAGCUGUCAUGGGGGCCAGGGUGGGCUCGAGUGCGGUGGGACGUGGUGA